AUGAUCCAAGAGGAGAAGGAGAGCACAGCUAUCCGUGCAGAGGAGAUCGAGUGUCGGGUGGGCAGCGGUGACAGCCUGGGAGGACGUUUCCGCUCCAUGAGCUCCAUCCCUCCUUCACUGUGUGCGGGCUCGUCGUUGGGCGGCUCUCCCCCGGGCUCUGGUCACUCCACCCCCAGACGCAUUCCUCGAAGCCCCAACAGAGAGCUGGACCGCAUGGGUGUCAUGACCUUGCCUAGUGACCUGCGCAAGCACCGCAGGAAGUCUGCUCAGGACGACAAGGCCACCAUCCACUGUGAGACUUCACCCCCCACCACUCCGCGCUCCAUGCGCCUGAACAGGGAUGCAGGACACGCUGCCAGCGUGGAGGACAUCAGAGACAUUCGAGGUCUGGCCGGUCUACAGGACGGUCAGGGUAGUAACCCCAGCAGCAGCAACAGCAGCCAGGACUCACUCAACAAAGCAGCCAAGAAGAAGAGCAUCAAGUCGUCCAUUGGACGCCUGUUUGGAAAGAAGGAGAAGGGCCGACCCAGCAUUCCUGGGAAGGACUCCCCCAGCCAAGGUCAGACACUCCGGACCAACCAGGCUUUUAUUCACACUACA